GUGGCGACUUGUCCAGGGUGUACCCCGCCUUCCGCCCGAAUGCAGCAACCCCGAACGGGACAAGCGGUAGAGGAUGGAUAGAUGGAAACAUUCUUAGCUGUGCUUGUUAUUGCUUGCAUUGAGACAGCUAGCUGUAUUAAAGACUCUGUUUGACAAGAAAACUUCAUAGGACAAUGAACGGACGUAAACAUAAAGAGGCUCCUUCAGACUGGGGCUGCUUGGUGGCGUUAUGUUUCUUCGUCCUGGGUCUGGGAACACUGCUGCCAUGGAAUUUUUUCAUGACCGCGAUAUUGUAUUUUGAAAGCCGCCUGAACACAACAGGCACACCAACUGAAGCGGGCAACAGCACAGGUGAGGCCCCUAAAGAAUACUACUUCAACAACCUGAUGACCCUGCUGUCCCAGCUGCCCCUGCUGCUCUUCACCCUGCUCAACUCCAUCCUCUACCAGAGGAUAUCCGAGGCCAUGCGUGUCGGCGGCAGCCUGGUUUUCAUCCUGUUGCUCUUCAUCCUAACCACUGUGCUGGUGAAGGUGGAAAUGGACACUGAACGCUUCUUUUCCGUGACUAUGGCUACAAUUUGGUUCAUCAAUUCGUUUGGUGCCGUGUUGCAGGGAAGUCUAUUUGGCUUGGUUGGUAUGUUUCCCCAGAAGUACAGUUCCAUUUUCAUGAGUGGUCAAGGACUUGCCGGGACCUUUGCAGCCAUUGCCAUGUUGUUAUCCAUUGCCCGAAACGUAGACAUGACUUCUAUGGCUUUGGGCUACUUCGUCACACCCUGUGUGGGUACAUUGUUCACGUUCUUCUGCUACCUCCUCCUUCGCCGCCUGGAGUUUGCUGAAUAUUACCUGGACAAGAGCGGCAAAUAUGAGGGGUACACCACAGACGAGCUGCUGACAGUCGAGAGUUCCGCAGUGGGGAAUGACAAACUAAACAGCCACACUAAUGCCUCGGUGGCCAGCAGCCCCAACGAAGAUGGCGCCCUGCAAGAGGGCAAGGUGGACGUAACCAAGCAGGCAUUCGUUUCUCUGGAGCAAGUGGAAAAGAACCAAGCUAAAUCCUCGGUCAUCGAGGUCUUCAAGAAGAUUUUUCAGAUAUGGGUCAUGGCGUUCUGUGUGACAUUUGUGUUCACUGUCACUCUGGCGGUCUUUCCCGCCAUCACUGCAAAUGUCCAGACGAUGUACACAGGAGAUUGGGAGCGCUACUUCAUCUGUGUCUGCUGUUUCCUGACCUUUAACCUCAACGACUGGCUUGGCCGGACCAUCACCACUUGCGUGCGCUGGCCUCGCAAAGAGUCUCGUCUAUUCCCGCUGCUGGUGGUCUCACGCGUGGUCUUCAUUCCUCUGCUGUUGCUCUGCAACAUCAAGAUCUCAAACGUCAGACAUCUGCCCGUCCUCUUCUACCACGACGCCGCUUUCACUGUCAUCAUGGCGCUGUUCUCGCUCUCCAGCGGUUACUUUGUGUGCCUGUCCAUGUCCUACGCGCCGCAAAUGGUGGAUGGCAAGGAUGCAGAGACUGCUGGGGCCCUGAUGACCUUCUUCUUGGCAUUGGGUCUCUCCAUCGGUGCCUUGCUGUCCUUCCCGCUCCGCAUUCUAGUGUAGUUUCAACACACACUUGAGUGCUGGCAAUAAUAAGGAACAAAACAGUUUGCUAUUGCAAAGGUUAGUUUUCUUAUUUGCGCUUUAUUUCCGUAAGUCCUAAUGCAUUUGUAACUUAAAUGUAGUUUUAUGUAGCUCAUUAUGUAUGCAAGGGAAUUUUAUUUUUGCUUUGCUUUUAAUGCUUAGUUUGAAGUUAAUGUACAUUCGACAUGGUUUUACAGACUCUUUCUACUUAACAUGAAGAAAACAUCCAUCUUUUGUAGCGCUUAUCCUCAUUAGGAUCACGGGGUAAGCUGAAGCCUAUCCCAGAUGACUUUUUGAGAGAUUGUGUACUCCCAAGACUGGUCACCGGUACAAACACAGGGCACUGACAAUUUAGAGCAGGGGUCCCCAAACGUUUUGACUCGGGGGCCGCAUUGGGUUAAAAAAUUUGGCCGGGUGUGUGUGUGUGUGUGUGUGUGUGUGUGUGUGUGUGUGUGUGUGUGUGUGUGUGUGUGUGUGUGUGUGUGUGUGUGUGUGUGUGUGUGUGUGUGUGUGUAUAUAUAUAUAUAUAUAUAUAUAUAUAUAUAUAUAUAUAUAUAUAUAUAUAUAUAUAAGGCGGCUAGGAGACCCCGAGUAACAAGCGGUAGAAAAUGGAUUAGAAAGGACAAAUUAAAAAACAUUUUAAAAACUUUUUUAACUUGCCGUGGGCCGUAGUUUGGGGACCCCCGAUAGUUUCCAAUGAACUAAACAUGCAAGGAACAAAUACGACGAUGUUCUAUUCCAGGGGUGUCCAAACUUUCUCCACUGAGGGCCUCAUCCAGAAAAAACUAAAAGGAUGCCGUUGCCAUUUUUUGUAUAUUAAAAACCAAUACUAGGAUAAAAAAAAAAAUUGGUCCAUAUAUUGCAGACCUGGGCAUUCUGCGGCCCGCGGGCCACAUCCGGCCCUUUGUGUGUCCCUGUCCGGCCCGCGUGAGGCCAAUCAUAAAUUACAAAAUACAUUUUAAAAAGUAUCUAUGUCGAGUGUGCAAUAGAACGCUGCUGCUUUUGUUUUGAAAAGCGUUAUUUGUAUUACUUCCGUGUGGACGUAUGCGCGCGUGUGAUUGUGAGUGAAUGUGAAAACAUCUAUGUCGUGCAUGCAAUACAACUGUGCUGCUUUUAUUUUGAAAAGUGUUAUUUAUGGGCGUAUGUCCAGGUGUAACCUGUGAGUGAAGGUAAAAAAUUAAUAUUGAGCAAAAUUUAAUUGAAAUAUUGUCUGUGUGGCCCUCCAGCAGUGCUCAGGUUGCUUAUGCGGCCCCUAGUAAAAAUUAAUUGCCCACCCCUGGUAUAUUGGCUUUCUGUUAACAUAAUUUUUUCUACUUGUAUUGUUACAUUACACAUGGUCUUUUAUCUCACUUUUUGCGUUUUUUAUUUUAUUCAUAGCAUUUUAGCUGCUGCAAAUGGCCUCGAGGCCACACUUUGGACACCCCUGUUCUAUACACUUCUGCAAAGUGACCAAUUACAAGUCAUAUGGCCAAAUUACAUCAGUUUUGCUUGAGAGGCCACAGUUUAAGAGGCAUAUACUGCCCUCUAGUGGUCGAAGACACAAAUUCACUUUGAACAUGAGGCUCAGUCAUUUUACAGUGUAUGGCAACUGUUAGGUUGGUAAAUGCAUUGUAACCAUAUUGCACAAUUAUAUUAUGUUGUAUAUUUUGUUUCGAGCUGUGGCCUCGUAUCUUUUGACUUGAAACUUGCGUGAUACAAUUUUUUUCAGGGAUAGUCGCUUUUUUAUAUCAAGCAUUAAAAAGCCAAUGUUGUCAGGAAUGGCUUUAUUAGAAUUGUUGAAAAAGUUGUUUUUAUUUGCCUUAAAGAUGUGUAGAAAAUGUUAUGUCACUCAAGGGAGACUUCAUAUGUUUAACUGCAAAUAAAAGACUUGAGAUUUAA